GUAGGAAACCCUAACAAGACACAAUAGAUUGCAGAAAGUAGGAGCAAAUUAAGGGCUUGCAAUAAGAAAGGCGAGUAUUAACACAAUUGUUCGUUACAAAGGCCAGAUUAGCGGUAAACAAGCACGAGAGGGUUGUCAAAAGGCGGAGGAUCAUUAUUCGAUAUUCAGUUGGACUCGAACCACCCACCGGGAAACAUACAUACGCAACUACUGCAGCAACAUCAUUCAUUCGUUCAUUUAGGAUAUUUGGACUUACAGCUAAUACUGUAGAGAUCAUUUUGUGAAUAUUUAUGACUUUAUUUGUUACUAUUCUGAAUUAUUGAGACUUGGAAAAUUCGGAGAAAAAUAUUGAGCAAAAAGGACGGACAAUUAAAAAAGACGAUUGACGAAAAUUCUUGCAAUUACAAGAAAUAAACUUCUUAUACUAAAAGAUAAGGACUAGAAACUUAAAGUAAGAAGACAAAAGUUUCAGAGAAAUAAUUAAAAAUGCAGCAUCUUCCUUAUUACUACCACCCUGGAGGUGACGUGAAACCCAACGCAGGGAGCCUGCUCGGACCUACCGCCAGUCCAAGUUUGUUCAGCAUUGAUAGCCUACUGGCUCCCAGGCCGCACCUUUACCAGAGACCCGGGCUGCCCUCACCCUACUUCCCCUAUCCAGCGGGCCUUGCCGCUGCUGCUGCAGCACAUCACGCGCAUCAAGAUUUCUUAGGUGCAUAUCCCUCCCCAUUUCCGGGUUUUAUGCCAGCGGAUUUUGUGCGAGCUGGACACAAACGCAAGAGGCGACACCGAACUAUUUUCACAGAGGAGCAGUUGGAGGAACUAGAGGCCACAUUUCACAAGACGCAUUAUCCCGAUGUAUUACUACGCGAGGAACUUGCAAUGAAAAUAGAUCUGAAAGAGGAGAGAGUUGAGGUAUGGUUCAAAAACAGAAGAGCAAAGUGGAGAAAGACGAAAAGAGAACAACAAGAGGCUGCCAAACGUGCUGUAAAUGCGAACAAAGACUCCACAGGGAUAGAAAACCCCGCCAAACCAAUACCGUCUGCUGAAAAUGAAGACGAGGCCGAUGAUAUAUCUUUAAAUUCCCAACUGCCCUCUAGUGGCGAUGAGAGUGACAUUGAAGUGAAAGACAAUACAAAUAGCAUUCCAACCAAUCACAGAAUGUUAGGUGAUCUAAAUGAUAUAAAAAGGACUGAAACGAUUACCAGCCCAAAUAUAGAUACCAUAGAUGUGUAAUGUGUGACCGAAUAUGGAAGCAAAAGUUUGACGUGUUUACUUAUUAAGUGACUGGUCUUUCAAAGGUGCAAUUUAACUUCAAUUUUGGUCUUUGUCUAUUUGAGCGUCACUUGGCGUUAUUUUUAUUUUCAAUAAUUUAGUCAAGUUUUGAUUAACUGUCGUACUCAAACAUUAUAUUAUUGUAAAUAACUUUUAUUGGUGUAAAUAUGUACUUAUAUUUAUAUUAUAUUAUUAAUUAAAUAAAAUCAUG